AUGUCUGUGCCUGCUCUUGCUCUCUUUAUUAGAGCUUCUGAUGCUCUCAUAAGCUUUGAAGCUAAUAUGAACAGUCUUAGGGAAGAAAGACUCACUGUUUUUAGCUUAGAGGUUCAUUCCGAUGAAUUGAAGGUUUUAAUGAACGAGGUUAAGUCAACCUAUCAGACAUAUCUAGACUAUUUAGCUACUUCGGACACAACAGAACCUGAUGAUAUAGAUGUCGUAUCAUCAAAGUAUCAGGCGACUUAUAAUGCAUUCGUUAACUGUUUAUCGAAUAUUAAAGAACGAUUGCACACCUAUGCCCAAACUCAAAAGACUAGUGAUUCUCCAGUAGUUAGCCAGAACAAUACUGAAACUCACCAUAGUUUAGUAGUACCGCCCUGCGAUGUUGAGACCUUUGACGGAGAUUAUCUCUCUUGGCCCGCUUUUAGGGAUCUAUUUACUGUGUUAUACGUAAAUAAUACUCGUCUCACCAACAUAGAAAGGAUGUGUCAUCUUAUACGUAAGACUAGUGGUGAUGCAAAGGAAAUAGUAGCUAAAUAUCCUAUUUCGCAUUUAGGAUUUGACAUGGCGUGGAAUAGCCUUAGGGCUGCUUACGAAAAUCCACGUAUGUUGGUUAACAACCAACUUAAAUCUCUUUUUAAUCUUCCUAUUAUUGAAAAGGAAACUUCUGAAGGUCUCAAGACCAUACAAAGAGGUAUAAACAGUUGUCUUUCGGCCUUAUCAAUAUAUAAUGUUUCGACGGAAAAUUGGGAUCCGAUAAUUGUUUUCCUUUGUGUUCAACGACUACCCGAUAACUCUGUUACCUUAUGGGAACAAAGUAUAAAAGACAAAUUCGUAUUGUCUGUUUGGAAAGAUCUGGAUGCAUUUCUGACAGAAAGAAUUCAGACCUUAGAAUGUCUACGUGACAUUAGGGAAGUCCCACAAUCUAAAAAAUUAUCGACUCCAAAGGUGAAGGCGCACCAUGCCACUUCAUCUUCUUCCCUUUCUUGCAUUUUAUGCAAGAAUCAAAGCCAUUUUCUGCGGGAUUGUAAGAGAUUUAAAAAACUUUCGGUAAUGGACAGAUUCUCGGCUAUUAAGAAACAUCACUAUUGCAUUAAUUGUUUGUCACGAAAUCAUGAAGUGAAGGAUUGUAAGAGUCUGCAUUGUUGUUCUAUUUGUAAAAAGAAGCACAAUACUAUGUUACAUAGAAAUGUGCCUACUUCAGAGGAUUCAAAUGGAAGUUCUAGAACUUCUAAUUCGGGUCCGAGCACAAGUGCUAUAUCACAAGCUGCUCUAUCUAUACCCACAGAUUCUUCUCAAGUAGCAACAUCUAACAGCUCUAACACCUCAGCUCCUAUUAAUAGACAGGCGUUUUAUACUUCGCAAAACCAAACCGUAUUGUUAGGAACAGCGAUGGUGAAUAUUCAUCACCAGGGUAUGACGUACCCAGCUCGUGCUCUCAUUGACCCUGCUUCGGAAUCAUCGUUUAUUUCCGAAAGAGUACAGAAUCGUUUAAGAAUUUUGACGCAAUCGACGAAUGCUCAAAUAUCUGGUAUCAACCAGGCGAAUUCUGUAAUAUCAAGGAAAUCGUGUUCCAUUUAUAUUGGCACGCCCUUGGACUCUUCAAUUGUUUUGAGUACAGUAGCUCUCGUUUUGCCAACGAUCUCUGGUGAUUUACCCUCAUUUGUUAUAUCGAAUGAGUAUCGAAAUGAUUUGCCAAAUAUACGUUUGGCAGAUACUAACUUAUUUGAUUCUAAACCAGUAGAUCUACUCUUAGGGGCAGAUUUAUAUCCACGAAUUAUAAUGGGUUCAGUUAGAAAGGUUUUAGGGACAUUAGUGGCUCAGAAAACUAUUUUCGGCUGGAUUAUUACUGGUCCGGUUCCUCAGUCUUCAAUUCAGGUAUACAGCACUAGAGUUGAAUUUUCUGAAGAAGAUAAUAUAAAUAGUACCUUACUUAGAUUUUGGGAAAUAGAGGAACCUCCUAAACGGAAACUUAUGUCAGCACAUGAUCGUAUGUGUGAGGACAAUUAUAAGAAAACUACUCGUAGGGAUUAA